AUGCCAGCUAUUCCUGCGACUGCGAGACUGCUUGACUCCAUUGUGCAACGCAGUCUCGACGGAGCCCUACCCAAUGCGACUAAUGCGACCCUCGAGGUCGUUUGUGCUUGGCCUGUAUCGGGACAGUAUGGACCUGGGACGCGAGUCUUAUACUACGCUUCGAUAGCAGCUUGCAUUUUUGCGCGUAAACAAGACUGGAUUCGCAGCGCAUGCCUUGCCGCAGCACUUCUGUUCCCUGCUGUUGCGGCUCUCCAUGGCAUUGUCUUAGCAUCCCUGCACAGAAGUGGCGCUGUCGACAUGGACGUAUACGGUGCAUUUCAACUCUGUGCUAUCGGCGUACUGACCGCACCGCUCACGGUAUUCGAGUCGAAGACUUAUUUCAUGAGUACCGGCCGAAACAUCAUCUUCUUGUGGACGCUUCUCCUCCUCGCCGGGCUCGUCGGCUUGACGGUCGAAUUUCUUCGUUUGAGCCCGACAUCAUGCCCGCCUGACGAUCCGGCUUCACUUUUCUGGGCCACAUCUGGGAUGUUCUACUACAACAGCACGUGUGGCAUGAUGUGUGAUGCAAGUGGCCCCUUCUCGCCGUUACGCCAGGGGGCAGCCAACAAUAUCUACGUGAUCCCCACGCCACACGUAUUAACCUUUAACGCGGCAACACUUCUUGCAGCGGCGUGCUGCAUCCCCGCGAUACUGUGCCUCGUUUCGAUGUGGAUCAAGGUCCUGGAGAGCAACUGGGAAAUCUUCGCUCGUAAGCGUCAGUCGAGCGAUGGGGGCGAUGUGCCGAUUUCGGGCACCAACGGAGCCACGCCGAAGCAAAUGAGUGAUAUAACCAAGACAGUCCGCGCAUGGCUGGGGUGCCUCGAGAUUCCGAUUAUCACUGCAGCAGUACUUGCAAUCAUGAUUAAGGGCGAGAUGAAUUUCUUUAGUGGUCCAGUUGAGUAUCAGACGGAGCCUAUUCAAAGCAUUGCAUUGUCUUCCAUGCGCGCGAUUUAUCAAUGUCUUGCUAAGUGGACCAACUCUGCAGGGCAAUGGGCACCGAUUGUGGGCACGGCGCUUGCCGCGCUGGGGUCAUUGUAUCUGUCAUUUGCAACGGCCAUGGAAGCGGAGCAAACCACAGCACUUCACGGCCCUAAGGAUCCGGGGAUGGAUACGCCAGCAGUUAACCACGUGGAAUUCCUUCAAUGUACUGACAUUGUUCCAAAUCACCCAAUCGACACAACUAUCGCAAGUCUCAGUAUAGCACACUCUGAAUCUGGCUCCUCCAGUGAGCACCACACUCCUAGCAGUCCACCUGAGACACCACACAACACAGGCGGGAGGGCGAAAACCACAAAAUUUUUCAACCAUGUCAGUCGGACUCUGGCUACCAAGGCUCACGAGCAAAUGACUGGAACGGGGGUUUACGCGACCAAGAAAACCGAAUUCCCUCAAAUCCCGGGGGAAUCGCUCCGUAAUGAAAAUUUGUCAGCUGUUUCAGCAGCAUACAGACAGAGAUCAAGAACGGCAAGCUUCGUCGGCAGUUUCGCGUCUGCCUCUCCUCAAGGAGAAGGAACUCCCUGCACAAUACCGACUCCGGUGGAGAUGCUAGGUUCGCAGCGAAUUCCAGCCUCGACUCGCAGCCGCGCGCGAACUUUCAUGUCCUCUUCUAGCAGAAGCUCUUACGAGGGGACGAGCUCGGCUCAAAGCGAACCUCGGGUUACAAAACGCAAUGACGAUCCUCCUCCAGCAGGGCGAGAGUCCCAGCAGUCACCUAUUUCAAACGCUCCCGCUUCAUUGUCAAGUAACGCAGCCACACCAUCAGAUCACCUACCUACAGCUCCAAUAAUCCUCAUCUCCUCCAGUCAUGAGGACAGAUAUACGAGCAGGUGA